UCCAUACAUCCAGGAUGUUUUCGUUGCUCCUUAUAAUGACAGUUUGUUUUGUGGUUUUGAUUCUAUCUCAGGAAAGGUUAUCAAAACGUUGGAUAACUUUCCCAGGAAAACAUGAAAUCAGAUGGGAAAGCUUUUCAUUUGAUAUUAAACUCUGGGGACAGAAAGAAAAAACAACUGCACCACUUUCUGUGUCUACCACAACCAGCCGAGCAAAAAAUAAUGAUUCAACACAAACAAACCCAGUGACAGAGCCGAAAUACUCUACACAUGGAGCCGUGGCUGAGACUCCAAUACCUCUCCUCUACCAAGGAAAUUUCACAAAGGCUCCUCAGUGGGAUUUUGAUGAUGUCUAUAACCAGGAUGCCCCACCUAGACCAACAACAUGUGCCCAAUCACUUCGAAACUCUCAGGAUGAGAACUUCAAGAAGGCUUUUCUUCCCAACAUACGUUUGUUUCUGCACAAGGACAACAUUAACAUGAGCGAGUGGAAUCGCCUUUCACAUUUUAACAAUCCUUUUGGGUUUAUGGAGUACAAAUAUGAUGAUGUGAUGGCUUCAGUGAAGCUGAUUCCAAAGCCAAAAGAGCCACUGCUCCUCCCGAAACCAGGUGGUGAUGGCUGUGUUCACUGUGCUGUUGUGGGUACUGCGGGAAUUCUGAACGGCUCAAAAUUGGGUGCAGAGAUCGAUGCUCAUGAUUACGUUUUUCGGAUGAACGGUGCAGUUACCAAAGGUUUUGAGGAAGAUGUAGGAAAUAGAACAUCAGUGUACGUUCACACAGCGUACUCCAUCACUGCAUCGCCUUCUGUUUUUGGGAUGUAUGGAUACAAAUCUGCCCCUCAUGAUGAGGGAAUAAAAUAUGUGAUGAUUCCUGAGGGGAUGAGAGAUUUUCAAUGGCUCAAGGGUCUUCUCAAAGGACAGCAGGUCUCUGGUGGCCAAUUCGACAAGGAAUGGCCAAGGGACUACUAUUCAGGGCAGUACAAUGAGAGCCGCUUCUACGUUCUACACCAGGACUUCCUCCGAUACGUGAGGAACAGGUUCCUAAAGUCACCUAAUCUGAAUCAAACAUUCUGGCCAAUAGUCAGACCAACCAACGGAGCGUUCACUCUCUUCCUGGCUUUGCACACAUGUGAUACAGUGGAUGCAUAUGGAUUCAUGACUGAUGAGUACAUGAAAUACUCCAACUACUACUUUGAGAAGUACAUUAAAAGUAAUGUAAUUUUCUAUGCCAACCAUGACUACAUUUUGGAGAAGAAUACAUGGAAAAGCUUUCACAAAAGAAAAAUAAUAAAACUGUAUCAAAGAACGGAGCCAGAAACGAAGACAGAAACCCUGAAGCAACACUGAGUUCCCUCUUAAUGACAGAACCCGCACCACUGAUCUGUUGAUAUUCAAAGCUUGUUUCAGGCAGCACAUUGGUGCAGUGGUUAGCCUAAGAAAGUCCUGUGUUCAAAUCCACCAUAUCGCCAGGGACUAAGAUCCAUCCCCCCUGUGACCCUCAGUUGGAUAAGUGGAAGAUGGAUGGAUGGAUGGAUGGAUGGAUGGAUGGAUGGAUGGAUGGAUGGAUGGAUGGAUGGAUGGAUGGAAUGAAGGUGAUCUGAUUUGUUCAAGUUUGUUUGGGAUGUUUUGCCAGUCCUAAAGGGGUCCUCAGUCCAGUAUAAAACAAAAUCACAAGCAGAAAUCUUUAAAUGAAAGACAUUAUAACAUCUUGUUUUAUAAGUCAGCCUAAAGGUUUAUUUCAUGGGACGUUUUGUAUUUUUUAUAUUAUGAGACAACCUGAUUGCUUUUAGCUGAAGGUAAAAGGACUCCUCCAAGGUUUAUAACUCUAAACUAUAACUAAAUUGUCUCAAGGUUUAGAUUUAUUUAUUUAUUGUCAUUAUGUUACAAGAACGUAACAAAAAUUACAGUGGUGCUCUCGGUGAUAAAGAAAAUACAAAAACGAUUGAUAAAUAAAUAAGAUUAAAACGGGGCAAAAAAUCAAAAAGGUAAAUGCAGAAGACUUUAGCACUCUUUGGAGUACAUGCAUACUGAUAUGCAAAGAAAAGUUGAUGAUACUGCAAACCAACACGUAUGGAUCAGUAUUUAAGGUUUGACUCUCAUCAUCCACUGGAGCACAAACUGGGUGUCAUCAGGACACUACAACAUGGAGCGAACACCACCCCCACGCUUACAAUGGCCAGGGAAGCAGAAGAACAUCAUAUCAAGAUGACCCUGAGUAAAUGUGAUUAUUCCAGCUGGACAUUUGUUAAAGCUGGGAAGGCGCCUAACAAAAACUUCAGCCAAUCCAGGAGAGAAGGACAACCGCUGACUAAGUAAGAACCCUUAGUGAUCUCUUAUGUCAGGAGUAUUGGAGCAGUUGAGACACAUUCUCUUUAAAUAUCAUGUCUCUGUGGAUUACAAACCUCAAAACACACUGCGCCAAAAAUUGGAGGAUUGUCAUGAUUUAUACGUCAGGGAAACCAAACAACCACUGGCAAAGCGGAUAGCACAACACGGAAGAGCUAACUCGUCAGGCUAGGACUCUGCAGUCUAUUCACACUUACAGGCCAGUGGACACUCUGUCAAUGAUGAGGAUGUACACAGGGAGCAAUGCUGGUUUGAGUGGGGAGUCAAGGAGGUCAUUUAUAUAAAAAAGGAAAAAGUGAAAAGGGCAAGACAGUAUCUUUUGUAUUUAUUGUUUCAGUCUUGUGUUGAGUUGUCCCACAUUAUUGUGUGUUCCCUUCUUUUUUUGAGAGUCUCCUACUGUUUGUUAGUAUUUCCAUUCCCGUUAUAUCCCAGUAAAUCCUUAAUUUUUGCUUUCAGUUUUUUGAUAGCAAAGAUUCAGGAUUCAAAUCAUCAGAACAAGUUUGUAUCACAUCCUUCACUAUCUUACUACAAGUAAAAGGUGGUGUCUGUCAAACAUGGCCAACAUGUUUGUUCUGUUUGUUUUUUCCUUAUUGAAAAAUCGAUCGAUCACCCCCAUCUUUGAGUGAAUGCAACAUAACCUUUUCAAAGUAAUAUCUUCAAUGCUGGAUUCUUAACAUGUACAUUUUCAGAUUCUGAUACUAUAACAUUUUGCAUUUUAUUUGAGUAAAUAUUUAGUAUAUUUUAGUUACUGUACAAUGCAAUAAUAGUGUUAAGUUAAUUAAUUACAAAUAAAAUGCUCAACUGUACUAAAUAAGUACAGAAUUACUUAUAAGCAGGGUUAAUUGUUUUUAAUUGUGUCAGAAGCACAAAUAAUAUUUGUUGUCAAAACUGAUCAAAUCAUAUUGAUUUAUUGAAUAUGCUUUUUAGCACCAAUGAAUUAAUUUUUGUAUAUAUACA